AUGGCUAAUCGUGGGACUGGUGAUGAGGGUAGGGUUUCGACUGGGAGAGGACUGGGCUACAGAUCAGACCGGGAUAAUGGAAAUGGCAUCAGUGAGAUGUUUGGUUACGAUAGGAGUCUUGAGAGGACAAGAUCUUUUCCUGUGUACGGUAACCGGACAAGAGUGAUGAGGGAAGGCAGUUUGUCAAGCAGUAGUCCAAGUUAUAAUCAGGAUGAGAGAUCUCAACAUGGCCAAUCCACUCAAUCAAACCCACGGCCAGAUCAGAACCGUUCCACAGAAAGACCACAAGAUCAAGGAGUAGAAAACACCUUGAAGCUACUACAUGAUGUGAUGACCCGAGCACUUAGUAACCAGCCCACACGAACCCCAACCUCUGAAGUUUCCAAGCUGUUAACUACCAUGAAGAACAUUGGAUCUUACAAAUAUGAAGGAGGAUCAGAUCCAAUUGAAGCCGACAAGUGGAUUUCAAUGAUGGAAAAGAAUUUUGAAGCUAUGGAGUGUCCGGAGGAAUACAAGAAGAAGAUUGUUGUGUACGAUUUGGAAGGGGACGCAACAGGAUGGUGGGACAGCAUAGACCGGCAACGUGGGCAUACAAUCACAACGUGGAAAUCCUUUAAGAAAGAAUUCGAGAGGAAGUACUUUCCUCCAGAAGCGAAGCAUCGUCUGGAGCGUAAGUUCAUGAACUUAGUCCAAGGAGAUAGGACCGUAAGGGAUUACGAUUCAGAAUUCACCAGGUAG